AUGGAAUAUGAUUAUGUAGUGAUCGGAGGCGGUACUUCCGGCCUGGUUCUGUCAAGCAGACUAGCAGAACGGGGAGAGAAAGUGCUCGUUAUAGAAGCAGGCAUUGAUCCUAAAAAUGACGAAAAUAUCACGUCAGCAUCGAACUUUGUCACCAAUGUUGGUGGAAGUUAUGACUACGGAUUUAGCGUAACAGACACGCAUGUUCCAAUGCCACGCGGGAAGGUUCUUGGUGGAAGCAGUGCGAUUAACUACAUACUCUGGAAUAGACCAUCAAAAUAUGAAAUAGAACUGUGGCAUAAAUUAGGGAUAGAAGGCUGGUCUUUUGAAAAUGUAUGGAAGUACAUGAAGAAAGCUGAAACAUACAUUCCACCUUCCCAAACUCAGCUGGAGAGUUUUGGGAUGCAAGCCCCGCAUAGUAAACAUUACGGUAGUAGUGGACCAAUUACACUCUCUUAUCAGCGUUAUAUCUCACCCACGGAUAGACGUUGGUUGGAGACAAUCAAGAAUAUUGGUUUACCUAUCAACGAGAAUCCUCACGAUGGGGAGAAUCUAGGUGCAAAUAUCAGUCCAAUAACAGCAGAUCCUAAUAAACAUAGACGUACAUACGGUUGCACAUACCUGGAUGCUCUCCCAACGGCCAGUUUGGAUAUUCUCACUCAAACAAUGGUUCAUCGUAUUGAAACUGUCACAGAAGACGGUCAAAUAAGGGCUACUGCCGUUGAAUACUGCUCAGAGGGUGUGACUAAGAGUGUCAAAAUUCGUAAAGAAGUUGUUUUGACAGCGGGUACCAUAAACACGCCUCAGAUACUCGAGCUGAGUGGCAUAGGCGAUACUAACAUACUAGCCAGCCAUGGAAUAAAAGAGGUGCUUAACAUACCUACUGUGGGUGAGUAUCGAGGUCACUACUAUCCUACACUUUGCUACCAAUUGAACGACACUGUGAAAAAUAUGGACGUUCUAAGACAAGAGGAACAAAUUCGUCGAGAAGAGGCCGAGAAAUACCGCAAAGGGGAUCCAUCUUUAUAUCACCAAGCUGCAUCUUGCGUUUUGUAUUUAAAGCCUGCUCAGAUUCUAACCAAGGAGGAGCUUGAUAGACUGGAAAGUCUCCUAAGAGAAGCAAGUAGUAACGAGGAGCUCGUCCUAGCUCAAUAUUUCCUAGAUGAGCGCAUACCUCAAGUUGAAAUAGACAUGGUUGGCUUUUUCGCUGACCUCAACAGCGUUCCAGAGGAUGGCAAGAAGUAUGUUACCUUCAUGGUCGGUCUACAGCAUCCAUUUAGUAAGGGAAGCAUACACGUCAGCUCCUCUGAUGUGAAUGACAAACCGAAUAUCACGUCUAACUAUAACAAGCAUCCAAUCGAUAGACUGUUGUUAUCUGCCGCCAUUAGGUUCAUAAGGGAAAAAAUCGUCACUGGGAAUCCACUCACGGAUAUAAUUUCAAAAGAGGUCUCACCUGGUAGGGGUGUAUCAGUCGAGGAAUUCAUCGAAAAUGCCCCCGCUUGCGAUUAUCACCCAAGUAGUAGCGCGAAAAUGGGAAAUAAUAUCGACGAUUCUGUGGUUAACUCUGAGCUAAAAGUACACAAAACGCGUAACAUUAGGGUAUCUGACGCAUCUAUAAUACCACUAGGGUUGUCAUCGCAUAUACAAUCAAUCGUAUACGCUAUAGCAGAAAAGGCAGUUGACUUGUUAUAA